AGACUUUUUACGCGCGGCUUGAAGGUGGAAUACAGAAACAAGGCGAUCUGUUGCGAUGAAAACAAAGUGGCAUCGUUUGGUUAUUUCUUUCUUUUGUGUUUUAUCCUUUGGUCUCAUCAGCUGUACGGCGGACCCACAUAAUUCUUUCUUUACUACACGGAGACAGGUGUUUAAAUUCGCAAAGCAGUCUACUACGCAUGACAGAAGGUCCAUGCAGAGGUCUGUGAAAUCCUCCACGCUGGUGACUGCUGUGAUUCCCGUGGGCCCAGGGGCCGGGAUUCAGGCGGACCUGCCGUACGCCCCGGACGUCUCUGUCACCUGUUCCAGCUCGGACCUUGUGGUGCGGGUCAAACCAGCUUUCUACGGGCUGGGCGCAAAUGCGCAGGAGCUGACGCUGGGCAGCGACUGCAGAAGCAACGGGGUUCUGAGGCCGCAGGGUGACCUGCUCUUCUCCUAUCCCCUGACGGCGUGCGAAGGGGUGCGGGAGGUGCCGCACGAUUCUCUGGUUUACAAAUACGUGCUCCGCUAUGAACCGUCUCCAAAACGGUUCCCGGGCAGAGCUCACCCAAUCGAUGUCAACAUUGAAUGUCAUUAUCAAAGAGACCAUUCUGUCUACCAGCUGGCGGUGCAGCCCACAUGGCAGACUGUGAUCCAGCAUAAAAAACUGAAGGGACGUGCCAUGGAGUUCCAGAUCAGUUUAAUGGAUGAUUCUUGGACACCAGCCAAGUCUAAGGUGUACCUGCUGGGACAAACUGUUAACAUCCAAGUCUCUGCACCCCACCUACCUCCUGGAUUAAAGUUGUAUAUCAACAGCUGCCAUGCAGCACCCUCUAGUGGCUCCAAAUCCUCCCUCAAAUACAGCUUAAUUGACAAUUUUGGGUGUAUGCUGGACAGCAGACAUGAACCUGGAGCCUCUCGGUUCGUUUCUCGGACAGACAAGACCGUGAGGUUCUCCUUGAAGACCUUCCAGUUUACAGUUGACCCUGACAUUAAGGUCUCCAUCCAUUGCAAGUUAUCAGUCUCGUCGGAAAGUCCGGGACCUGCUCAGAAAUCCUGCACUUACCAAGACCACAGAUGGCGAGCACUUACUGGUCAGGACUCUAUAUGCGAGUGCUGUGAAUCAAUAUGUGUGGCCUCUAAACCACGGAGAUCAUUAUUGGAAGGUUUUGCCAUCAGUCGGCCAUUAAUGGUCUCAGAUCAGCCACACGUGGCUGAGAACCGACACAUAAGCCCAUCUGCAGUUAGCAGGAGGAAAGAAGAUGAAGACAAGCUAGAUGACAAAUAUCCGAAGUAUCAAAAACUUUUGGGGAGUGCGGUUGUUGACAAGCAUGAUGAUGAAGAGGAAAACGGUGACGGAUGGCUUGAAGAAACUGAAACGAUCCAUGGAGCAACGAUGAAACCAGAAUUGGAGGAAUUGGACGACAGGAGCGUCUUGGAGGACAAGCAGAACGAAUCUAAGUUAUCAGAUUUAAAUGAGUUUGGGGAGGGAGCCUUAGGUUAUGAGGAGGUCUUAUCAGAGCAUGCAGAGGACGCCUUUGAGGCAAGGGAAGAUGAAGUCAAUGAAGAGAUGAUUCCUAUGAACCAAAAGAAAGAUGAUUUGCUUCGUCCCAGAGCGCAGCCUGAGGAGGCGUUCACAGAAGUGGGCUUGGAGGGAAGGCUUAAGCCCCCCGAACUCAAGGAAGGAAAAAUGGAGAAACCUGCACGUAAAGAGGAGGACAAGAGGAUAAUGUCUCCAAAGUUAGAACAGAAUGAAGACGGACGGGUAGAAGAAAAGGAGGAAACGUGGUAUUUCACAUGGGAGUAGAUGAAGCCAGAUUAUCCAUCUACUUCAAGGGUUGCUGAGAUUAAUUGUGCAAAA